CAAACAUUCCAUUUCCAUUUGAACAACACGAAUGACGAAAACAAACCGAAAUUUAACCUGAAAGCUCAGAAACAGUUUCUACGAAAUCGGUGUUUAUAUUAUUAAAAUUCAUUUAUAUGUGUUAAUCUGUUAAUCUACUAAAGUAAGUGCUUUUAUAUUCAACUUAUAAGUCUGAUAUUUUUAUAUGCAGGGUAAAAUUGUACAUGUCAGAUUUCAUUCAGAUGAGGCUAGUCUCGAUAUCGAAAAUACUAGAAGGUAAUUAUUUCAAGAUAUUAAUUAAUAAAACUAUUCUUGGAUUCAAAAUUGUUUAAAAUGAAAAUAAAAGUACCAGAUGAUGAUAUUUUAUUUGAAGGACCUCUUUCAGAACCACAAACAAAGGAAGAUGAAGUAACAUUUCAGGAGGAAGUAAGAAAUAUACUGAAGCUUUCAAAAAUUCCUUCCAAAUUUAUAGCUGAAUAUAAAGGUGAUGGUGACGAUUUAAAAUUUAAUCUUCAGGUAUUGACCAACUUCACACAACUCUGUCGGGAGGAAAUAUUCGUUCGUCAUGUCAAAGCCGUUGAAACCAUUGAAUCUAAGGUAGAUGAAUUGCAGUGCCAGCUGAUGUGUCAACAGAAACAACUUUUGGAUCAGGAGCAGAGCCGAGAACAGUUAAAAGAAACUAUGAACAGAUUAGAGGCCGCUCGAAAACUAGCUCAGAAUAAACAUAUUGAGUUAAGUGAAAGGUUGAAGGAGACUUUAGAAAAUCUUCAGCAACAAUGUAAAACUAAAACUUUGGCAGAAAGAAAAAUGGCACAAGAUUUAAAGAAUUAUGAAAAUAAGGCUAAGAACCUUAACGUAUGCCUUGUAGAAACUUCUUCAAAAAUGAACUACUAUACAACACAGGUGAAGGUUCAGACUGCAAUAGUAGAGAGAAAAAUGAAACCAUUGUACCUGGACAAGGACAGAGCAGUUUUUAUGAAGGCUAACUUAAACAACAUGCGUCAACAUAUUGAGGAGUUGGUUCAUCGUGUGAAAAACUUACAAAUGCAAACAUCGGGGCUAUCGGAAAAUGAAUAGUUCCUGACUGACUGAGAUAAUGCUUCUCAUCAUAUAAUUUUGUAAAAAUGGUCUUUCACCUCCAAUACAAUAUAAAAUUUGAAGUUUAAUAAAGUAUUUUUACAAUAA